AUGGAGAUUUUUCAAGACAACAAAAUAAAUAAUCUUGGAAAUAUUGAAAUUAACCAAGGUGAUGGAGUGAUUAAAAAAGAGAACGAUUUACAUGUCAGUGUAAUAAAACCAAUAACAAAAAAAACAAUUCAUUGUGAUAAUACCAAAAACAAAAUAAAAAUUAAUGCCUUUUAUAAACCAGUAGAAUUAGUUGAGGAAAUAAAAAAUUAUGUUCAAAAGGGUGAUACUCAUCUUGUGAAACUAUAUGAAGAUUUUAAGAACAAGAAAGAUAAAAAAGUAAAAAUGAAAAAUGAGUAUAUAACAAAUUUAAAAAAGUUGAAUAUAUUAAAUAUGAUUAAUAAUAAUAAGAAGAAAGAAAUUGAAUGUGUUGAAAAUAAAAAUAAUAUUGUUCAUUUUAAUUUAUUUAACGAAAAUGAAGAUGUAACACCUAAAAUAGAAACGGUGUAUAUACCAAAGUUAGAAAAAAAUAUAGAAGUAGUAAGUCAUUUAAAAGAAAAUGUAAAUGUUGAUUAUACAUAUAUGGUACCAAAACCAGUUGUUAUUCCUAUUGAAGUUCCUAUAUUAAAAUUUCGUGAUCAUUUUAAAAUAAUACCAAUAAGAAAAAAAAUUAUACCUGUUAUAAAAUAUACUGAUAAUAUUAUUUAUGUAGAUUGUUGUGUCGAAAAACCAUACAUUGUUUAUGAAAAUGUGAUAAUACCUGUUCCUUGUGAUAUUCCUAUUGAACAAAAAAAAUAUAUUGACAAAGUACCACCCAUAUAA